AUGGAAGAUGAAAAUAUUGUGGGCCACGGUGGUGCUCCCCAUGCCUGUGCUUCGUACGAGAUCAGCAACUUGCAACGCCGAGUUCGUGAAUUGGAGGAGCAUAUCCUGCAUCGGUCGACGGAGACACGAUGCACAGUUCCUAUAGCGGGUCGGUUGAGUUGCCAGCAUUCAUCUUUGCCCCAUCUGCCGCAGUCGCUGCUGCAUGUGCAAGCUUCAUACCUGGAUUCGGACAUAUUGUCCGCCUGGAAUCCGCCGGCGCAGAGUAUCCAUGAGCCGGUUCCAGAGGAGAUCGCGAAAUUGCUGGGGAGCCGGUCYGAUAUYGACCUUAUCAAGGCUCGCUAUUUUCAAUCCGUUCAUGUAUGGAUGCCGAUAAUUAGUAAAAUCCGAUUGGACCGGCUCGCAGACCGCUCCCUGGGCACAAUCAGAGCGGAUAUCGCUCUGCUAUAUCUCUGUAUGAAACUUGUCCAGGAGGUGCCGCCGCCGCAACAGGAAGGGCAGUCAGAGCUCUACAUUGUCGCUAAGCAAUUCCUGAAUGAUCUGCAUAUGAAGGGACCUCUCACCCUACGGAUUGUUCAAGCCGGUCUGCUGCUCUCCAUCUAUGAACUAGGCCAUGCGAUAUUCCCCUCAGCCUUCAUGACAAUCGGUCACUGCGCGAGGGGCGGCAUUGCUAUGGGCUUGCACAACAGGUUAGCCCCCCAGCUAGCCGGUAAGCCCCGGAGCUGGGCGGAUUGGGAGGAGAGGCUGCGUGUAUGGUGGAUGACUGUAAUUCUGGACAGGUAUGUGACGGUCGGCGCUGAUUAUCGGCCAUUAUGCACUGAAGACCCCAACAACGACACCCUUCUGCCCGCCGACGACAGUGCCUGGGACAAUGGGAACAAGGCACAGUCAGUCCCUUUGCCCGCUUAG